UUCAUUCCUUAAAAAGACCCCCUCCCAAUCUCACCACCACCACUCUACACUCAAACUCUCUGCCAUCAUCUCCAUCGCCACUAUGGAAGCCAGCGCUGGACUGGUCGCCGGAUCCCAUAACCGGAACGAACUCGUCGUCAUCCAUGGCCACGAAGAGCCGAAGCCCAUGAAGGAUUUGAAUGGGCAAGUGUGCGAGAUAUGCGGCGACGAAGUGGGGCUGACGGUGGGGGGAGAUUUGUUCGUGGCGUGCAACGAGUGUGGUUUUCCGGUGUGUCGGCCGUGCUACGAGUACGAGAGAAGGGAAGGCUCCCAGAACUGCCCCCAGUGCAAAACCAGAUACAAACGCCUCAGGGGGAGCCCGAGAGUGGAAGGAGACGAAGACGAAGAGGACGUGGAUGACAUAGAACAUGAAUUCAAGAUAAAUAAUGAAGAUGAAGAGAAGAUCAACAAGAACACUCAGAUUGCUGAAGCCAUGCUUCACGGGAAGAUGAGCUAUGGCAGAGGCCCUGAUCAUGAUCAUGAUGAAAACUCCUCCACCACCCUUUACCCUCCUGUUAUUUCCGGUGGCCGCUCCCGCCCGGUUAGCGGUGAGUUUCCAAUAUCAACUCAUGCUUACGGCGAUCAGAACCAGAUGUUAUCUUCUUCUCUCCACAAGCGUGUCCAUCCAUAUCCAGUCUCCGAGCCUGGAAGUGCAAGAUGGGAUGAGAGGAAGGAAGGAGGGUGGAAGGAGCGGAUGGAUGACUGGAAAUAUCAGCAAGGCAAUUUGGGCACAGAAGCUGAUGAUUUCGCUGAUCCUGACAUGGCCAUGUUAGACGAGGCAAGGCAGCCACUCUCAAGAAAAGUACCAAUUGCGUCCAGCAAGGUGAAUCCUUACCGGAUGGUGAUUGUUACCAGGCUGCUGGUUUUGGCCUUCUUUCUCCGGUAUAGAAUCCUCAACCCGGUGCACGAUGCCCCCGGGCUCUGGCUAACUUCUGUCAUCUGCGAGAUCUGGUUCGCCUUCUCAUGGAUCCUCGAUCAGUUCCCCAAAUGGUUCCCCAUCGAUCGCGAGACCUAUCUUGAUCGCCUUUCUAUCAGAUAUGAGAGGGAAGGAGAGCCGAAUAUGCUAGCUCCAGUCGAUAUCUUCGUCAGCACAGUGGAUCCCAUGAAAGAGCCUCCUCUUGUUACGGCAAACACUGUUUUGUCGAUUUUGGCGAUGGACUACCCUGUUGACAAGAUCUCGUGCUAUGUAUCUGAUGAUGGCGCUUCUAUGCUUACUUUCGAAGCACUCUCUGAAACUGCAGAGUUUGCGCGAAAAUGGGUUCCCUUCUGUAAGAAAUUUGCAAUAGAGCCACGAGCACCGGAGAUGUACUUCUCCCUCAAAAUUGAUUAUCUCAAGGACAAAGUCCAGCCUACAUUCGUGAAGGAGCGCAGAGCAAUGAAGAGGGAGUACGAAGAAUUUAAGGUUCGAAUCAAUGCCCUGGUUGCCAAAUCCAUGAAGAUUCCUGCAGAAGGGUGGAUCAUGCAGGAUGGUACUCCAUGGCCUGGAAACAACACCAAGGAUCAUCCUGGUAUGAUCCAAGUUUUUUUGGGUCACAGUGGCGGCCUUGAUUCAGAAGGAAAUGAGCUCCCCCGUCUUGUCUAUGUCUCGCGUGAAAAGAGGCCUGGUUUCCAACACCACAAGAAAGCUGGUGCCAUGAAUGCCCUGAUCCGUGUCUCUGGAGUUCUCACCAAUGCUCCAUUCAUGCUGAACUUGGAUUGUGACCACUAUAUAAAUAACAGCAAGGCUGCACGAGAGGCUAUGUGUUUCCUGAUGGACCCACAAAUUGGGAAAAAGGUUUGUUAUGUCCAAUUCCCUCAAAGGUUCGAUGGAAUUGAUAGGAAUGAUCGAUAUGCCAACAGAAACACAGUCUUCUUUGAUAUUAACAUGAAAGGUCUAGAUGGCAUCCAGGGUCCUGUGUAUGUUGGCACAGGAUGUGUGUUCAGAAGACAAGCAUUAUAUGGUUAUGAGCCGCCAAAGGGUCAAAAGCGCCCAAAAAUGGUUAGCUGUGAUUGCUGCCCAUGUUUUGGGCGCCGCAAGAAGCUUCCAAAACAUUCUAAACAUGAUGCAAAUGGAGAUGCUGCAACUGCUCAAGGAUUCGAUGAUGACAAGGAGCUACUGAUGUCCCAGAUGAAUUUUGAAAAGAAGUUUGGACAGUCAGCAAUUUUUGUGACUUCAACCUUAAUGAUUGAAGGCGGUGUCCCUCCUUCCUCAAGCCCAGCAGGCCUGCUGAAAGAAGCAAUCCAUGUGAUCAGCUGUGGUUAUGAAGACAAAACCGAAUGGGGUCUUGAGUUGGGUUGGAUUUACGGUUCUAUUACAGAGGAUAUCCUAACAGGCUUCAAGAUGCAUUGCCGUGGUUGGAGAUCCAUCUACUGUAUGCCAAAAAGGCCAGCAUUUAAGGGGUCUGCUCCAAUAAACCUAUCAGAUCGUCUUAACCAGGUGCUUCGUUGGGCCCUUGGUUCAGUGGAGAUUUUUUUCAGUCGUCACAGCCCAGUUUGGUAUGGCUACAAAGAAGGAAAACUUAAGUGGCUUGAGCGGUUUGCAUAUGUCAACACAACUGUCUAUCCCUUCACCUCCAUACCUCUACUUGCGUACUGCGUUCUUCCUGCAAUCUGCUUGCUCACAGACAAAUUCAUUAUGCCAGAGAUAAGCACCUUUGCUAGUCUAUUCUUCAUUGCAUUGUUUCUCUCGAUAUUUGCUACUGGAAUCCUUGAGCUCAGAUGGAGUGGAGUAAGCAUAGAGGAAUGGUGGAGAAAUGAGCAAUUUUGGGUCAUAGGUGGUGUGUCUGCACACCUCUUUGCCGUUGUACAGGGUCUUCUUAAGAUUUUGGCAGGAAUUGAUACUAACUUUACUGUCACAUCAAAGGCAGCCGAUGAUGAGGACUUUGGGGAGUUAUACACUUUCAAGUGGACUACCCUCCUAAUUCCCCCAACCACUAUCUUAAUCAUUAACCUUGUUGGGGUUGUGGCUGGAAUCUCAGAUGCCAUAAACAAUGGGUACCAAUCAUGGGGACCCCUAUUUGGGAAGCUGUUUUUUGCCUUCUGGGUCAUUGUCCAUCUCUACCCAUUCCUCAAAGGUCUCAUGGGCAGGCAAAACAGGACCCCCACCAUUGUUGUUAUAUGGUCAAUACUUUUGGCUUCUAUCUUCUCCUUGCUGUGGGUUCGCAUUGAUCCAUUCGUGUUAAAAACAAAGGGUCCUGAUGUCAAACAAUGCGGCAUCAACUGCUGAACUAGAUUCCUUUGUUGCUUGGGAGAUUGUGAUUCCAUAGAGGAAUGCAUGUAAAUUUUGCUCUAUUCAUGUUAAUAGUACAUGUACCAGAAAAAUGGAGUGACAGAACAAAUAAAUACAGAAGAUUCUGUUUACCUGAAUGAAAGAAAUUUUUGCUGUAUUCAGUUUUUGUGUGAAAGAAAAAUGCUAGUGGAAAUUUUUUUCUGUUGUGUCUAA